CUCUCUACUCCUCUCGGACUUUUCUCACUGUACCUGCAGGUGGGCGCCGGGAGCAUGUGCACAGACUGAUACAUCUGUCCAGAGAUUGCCAGCGAGCUGGAAAAGCACCUGAUCCCAGAAACACUGUUAUAGCCGGUAGCGCUUUGUAGCAAUUUAAGUUUCAGUUUCAGUGACUUUAGAUUGAGACGAGGACCUCUGCUUUUGCGAGAAUGCAUUCUGCUUCGAUUUUAGCGGGAGUCUUUCUGUCGCUUCUCCAUCAAGUGUGCCCACAGGAGAUCAUCACCAGCCAGUAUGGAGAGACCAUUCGCAUCCCGUGCGGUCCUCAAGACUCGCGCUCUGAGGAACCGUUUCUUAUCAAGUGGAAAUACGAGGAUAAGGUGGACGGCACAUCAGGUGAUCUUCUGGUGAAGCGGAAGACAAAUGCCACCAUCACUGCCUCUGAUGAGUUUAAGGGCCGAGUAUCCAUCGGCAAGGACGACAGCCUCCUCAUCACUAACGCGGUCCUCUCCGACCAGAAGACCUACACCUGUAUGAUGGUGAUGAUCUCGGACAUCUCCGAGCACAGCAUGCAAGUGCUCAUCCGCAAAUCCCCCGAGAGGGUGGAGCUCACGAACAACCCGGCUGCCGUGGAAACAGGCAAACGGACCACGAUUGGAGAAUGCAGUGCGGACGAUGCCAACCCUGCAGCCAAGCUCACGUGGUACAGGAACGACAAGCCUCUAGAGCAUGAUGGCAAAGGCAUUGUGAUCACGGUGUCAGAGACCGUAGAUGCAUCAACGGGGCUGACCAGCAGUGUGUCCGAGCUGCAGUACUCUGUGGAGAAGGAGGACAUGGGGGCGCUGUUCUCCUGUGGGGUCCAGGACUCCGCCCUCAGAUCCAAAGCUGUAAACUUCACCAUCAACUACCCCACGGAGAAGGUCAGCCUGGAGGUUGUGACACCUGGGCUCUUGCUGGAGGGUGCUGACGUCAUGCUGAGGUGCCGUGCCGACGGGAACCCCCCUCCUUCCAGCUACGUCUUCUACCUGCAGGGAAAGGAAGUGACUGUGGAGGACCAGAACUCCUACACGCUGACGGGCGUCACACGGGACCAAUCAGGAGAGUACAAGUGCUCCCCCAGCGGUGACACCAGCCUGGUCGCCUCCCACAACAUCACCAUCCACUAUCUGGACGUGGCUCUGAGCCCAUCUGGGAAGCUUGUGAAGGCUGCGGGGGAGCCUCUGCCCAUCACCCUGGAGAAAGACGCCUCUGGCAAGGUCACUGUGGCCUGGACAAAGAACAACGCCAGUCUGACAGAGGAGCCCCAGUUUGAGCGGCUAAAGUACUCCGACUCAGGGCUGUACGAGUGCAAGGUGUCCAUGGGAGACCUUGUGUCCACACACUCCUUUGAGCUGCUGGUGGAAGGAGCGCCUGUUAUCACCAGCCUGAAGGAGGAGCUGAGCGCUGAUGGAGCCCACAAGGUGCUGAGCUGCGAGGCUGAGGGCUUCCCCAAACCCACUGUGGAGUGGAGCGGCAUCAACGGCACCAAUGUGGAAGAAAGUGACUAUGUUGACGGCAGGGUGACACAUCAAUUGACCGUAGUGCCCAGAGCUAACCUGACAGUCACCUGUCUGGUCAUGAACAACCUGGGAAUGGACAGCAAGACCACUGAGGUGUCAUCCUUAUUGGUCAGUCACAUUGAUGACACAGAGGUGAAAAGAAUGGACAAACAAGACCAGACGGAGGAGUCUGGCGACCCGGCCAAGCUGGCGGUAGGGAUCGUUCUUGGUCUCAUCCUCGUUACGUUAGCCCUGGGCCUGGGCUACUGGUUUUACAUCAAAAAGUCAAAACAAGGCAGCUGGAAAACGGGGGAGAAGGAGGCUGGCAACACGGAGGAGAGUAAGAAGCUGGAGGAGGUUCCCCAGAAGGCCGAGGUGUAGACGGAACAGGCGCGUGCACACGCAGGCACUGAAUGUGAAUCGGAGUUGCGGAGUUGUGACGGCGUGUCUGAUGUUGCCACAUGUUCUGUAGUUAGUUGUGAAAGCCAUUCCCUUCCUCCAUCUCCUCUUCCCUGCGCCCCGCAGAUGCCCUCAAAUAUGCCCCAAAUACCCCACUCCACCCCCCCAUCCCUCAGAUCUGCCCCUUAAGUUCACAAGUGGUUUUGUUUUCCUUCACUUUCAUUAUGGACCAAGUAAAUUAAAAUAAAUAAGCAAAAUAAUUAAUUAAUAAAUAACUAGGUUAAAUAAUUCUGUGUUAGCUUUUGGUCUGCUGAUUAGCUAGGUUAUGUUCCUGUAGCUCCUGGCCCCUGUGCUCAUAGUAUUGGAGGCUGAUCAUAUUCCCUUACACAGAACCGAUGUCCCAGAUCACCACCUGUGCUGAUGAAAAAUGUAAAAUAUGUUUAGGGUUUGUUCAAAAAUCUCACCUGAUGUCAAAGAGAGACGUGAUGUAGCUGUUUUUGUUUUUGUUUGUGAUCGUGAAAGUGAUUGUGAAGCCCCACUGUUACUGGCUGAUGGGGUAAGAGAGCUGAGCAGGAGGGGGUGAGAGAACACUGCCUUGAGGGCAGCAGGCUCCAGAGCCCUACCGAUCCACUUCUGAUUUGAUCCCAAGCCACACCUGCUCUGAAGCGGAUGCGGUUUUGAUCUGGUCUGGAACUGGUCCAACCCACUCUAAUCCAGUCCUAGUCUGAAGGGGAUCUACUGAUCUGACCCACUCUAAUCCAGUCCUGGGCUGAAGGGGAUCUACUGAUCUGACUCACUCUAAUCCAGUCCUGGGCUGAAGGGGAUCUACUGAUCUGACCCACUCUAAUCCAGUCCUAGUCUGAAGGGAUCUGGUCCAACCUGCUCUGCAAUCAUCUGCUCUCUGACACACCUGUGGAGGUCCUCUCCCCCAGCCUGCUGAUCUGAGGCGUGUGACUCUAGUUGCUGUAGGUGAGGGUCCAUCACAAGACACACACACAGACACCAGAUAGAGUAGAAUUGGCCUUUCAGAAGGUGCUUGUGUUCUGUCAUUAGUGAAGAGAAAUGUAUGAUAAUGCCUAUCAGUGUGGGAUGUUACAUGGUGUCUCUCUAGCAUUUUGUUUUAGUGUCAUUUUUGUGUUUGUUUGUUUCCAAUGCUGCACUGUGUAAAUGCCUAUCAGACUGUGGUUUUGUCUCUGGGAAGUUACAGCAGUCAUAAGUGGUGCAGAGUUCUACUUAUCAUCUUGUGUGUUUGAAUGGCCUCGAGUCCAGAGCUGGGCUGCCUCUGGCCCACACUCGGCUCACCUUCGGCAUGGAAUCAGCUGUGCUCUGAGCAGUCCAGCGCGCCUCAUCAUUUUCAUGAUCACUUAGGAGCAUUUCCUUACAUGUAAAUACAGCAGACACUUUUCUAUGUUUUUCUCUGUUUUUGUGCUUUAUUUAUAUUGUUCAGGUUAAACGCUGUUUGUGUGAGGCAGGUUUGUUAGCUAGGAUUAUUAAUCAAUCAGUUGUCUCUGAAACAUGAUACCUCCACAAACAUUCAGAAGUACAGAACAACUGAAGGUUCUUACUUGCAGGCAUGAAGAACAUGGGAAGUUACAUUUGCUAGGUUUUGUGUCCCACACCUUAGUUGCAGAAUCCACUAGUGAAAAAAACAUGUUCUACUUUGUCAACUCAUUUCCUGUUGUAGCUUUACAUUUUUGCAUUGAAAAACAGAUUGGCAGAAAAACCAAAGACAGUGAAUGAGUCCAUGCAAGUACUGUAAAUACUGACUAUUGUUUUUGUACUUUUGUUUAAAAUAAAGUGUACAUUUCGAGGAAAAAGUGCUCCAUACA